AUGUAUGAUUUCUUGGACCGCACAAAUAAGUUCAUCAAGCCAAAUGAGGCAGUGAAGAAUGCGGACAUGAUGAAGACUUUGAACCAUGGUCGAAAGGGUGAUGACGACCAAAAUGGUAGCGAGAACAACGGUAAUGGGAAGAGAGCAAGCAGUCACCAAGUGUCCCACAAGCAGGGGCAAGACUACAAGAAGCCAAAGCAGGAGGGAAGACAGCCCGCAUACGAGCAAUGCUUCACAAACUACACCGCCAUGGCUCGGACGUGUGAAGAUAUCUUCAUAGUGACCGAGAACAAGGUGCCAUACAGAAAGCCAAUUCUAAUAAAGAAUGAUCCAAGCAAGCGUGACCAGAACAAGUACUGCCGCUACCACGAGGACCAUGGUCAUGACAUUAACGAAUAUCAUCAACUUAAGGAGAAGAUAAAAUUCCUAGCCAGGAAGGGACACAUGGCUCUUUUUGUUGAUCGCCGGCAAGGCCAAAACAAGAAUGAUGGCAAAAAUGAUGGGAAGCAAAGGCAGCGGUCACCACCAAACUGGCUACGAUCACCAUUCUACGUAGGCGAUGAGCCGGAGGUGAUUACUCUCAUCAUCAUGAUUUGUGGAGGACCACAUAUCGCAGAUGACAAUAACAAGUGUCGGGAGAGGAAUGCGCGUGAUGAUGAACGAAGAGAGACCAAACAAGUCUCGCGCAUGGAAGACCAAGACAUCGCCUUCACAAGCAAAGACUCAAGACACAAUCACUACCCGCAUAACGACCUCGUGGUCAUCGCAGCUCAGAUCGCUAACCUAAAGGUGCUAAGAGUUUUAGUUGACAAUGACAGUUCCGUUAAUAUCUUGUACAAGUGA